GACACUGUUCGCCGGGGGCUGCUUUGUGCCCUAUCGAUGGAACCUCCCUCUCAGAGGAGGGGCUGGGUUUGGGGGGCCCAAGAUGCUGUGGCACCCCCAUAGCUUUGGCACAAGUGUUCCUGGGGGGCUCUCCCUGGAUCUAGUCCCGCUGGCGCCGCGUCACCCUUGGAACAGCGCUCCCUGAGCUCGGCACUCCUGAGUGACCUAGUCUUGAGGCAGAGGAGGCGGGGGUGGACGGAGGGGAGGGUUCUUGCUGAGGUCUUAGAGCUGCACCCGGGUCCUGCUCUCUUGCUAGGUUCUGAUAUCCAGGGGGUGGUCUGGUUGGCGCUGCUUAUGAAAGCGUCCAGGUAGCGUCUCUCCCCUUUAAUUCUCUUGAAGACUCCUGGCCGCACCUCCCCCCUCCUCGGUUGUCCCCGUUUCCCCUCGGGUUGGUCCCAGCUGGCCCCUGAGAGUUGCCCCCUGUCUCGCUCCCCGCCACCUCCUCCCCACUAGCGAUGGAAAGUUUGGGGCGGGCUCCAAGCUCAGGCCGGUGCCGUGAGAUCGGAUUUCCCCGCGGUACCCCUCCUUCCCUCCACCCCCACUACUUCCCGGGGGGCUGAGCCCGCAAGUGUGUGGAGUGGAUAGGAGACAGGCUCUCCCCCAGACAGACACUCGCGUCCCUGAAUCUGGAGACGAUCUUUCGCUUGCUUACGACCCAGAACCCAGAGAGAGUAGGGCAUCGGGUACAGAGCUGUGGGCCAGGGGGCAGGCACCAUGGGCCCAUGCUUGGGCAUCUGGCUGGUGGCAUCAGCACUGCUGGGCCUGGGCAAUGGGGACAAUGCCUGGUGGAACCUUGUGCCUAGGAAGACGGUGUCCUAUGGGGAGUUGGCAGCUGUAGUGAAGCGGUUCUCUCAAGUGGGCAUCCAAGACUUUCUAACACUGACACUGGCUGAAAGCAAUGGGGUCCUCUAUGUGGGGGCUCGAGAAGCCCUUUUUGCCCUCAGCUUGGAGACCUUGGAGCUGCAAUCUUCGAUCACAUGGGAGGCUACGGUGGAGAAAAAGGCAGAAUGUAUCCAGAAGGGGAAGAGCAAUCAGACGGAAUGUUUCAACUUCAUCCGCUUCCUGCAGCCAUACAACUCUUCUCAUUUGUAUACCUGUGGUACCUAUGCCUUCCAGCCUAAGUGCACCUACAUUGAUGUACUGACCUUCUCUCUAGAGCAUGGGGAGCUUGAAGAUGGGAAGGGCAAAUGCCCCUAUGACCCAGCCAAAGGCCAUACUGGCCUGAUCGUGGAUGGUGAGCUGUACUCAGCAACACUCAACAACUUUCUGGGGACAGAGCCAGUAAUUCUGCGCAACCUAGGGCCUCACUAUUCCAUGAAGAAUGAAUACCUUUACUCCUGGCUCAAUGAACCCCAUUUUGUAGGCUCUGCCUAUGUGCCAGAAAGCGUGGGGAGUCUCACAGGUGAUGAUGACAAGAUCUACUUCUUCUUCAGUGAACGGGCUGUUGAGUACAACUGCUAUGCUGAGCAGGUGGUAGCCCGAGUGGCUCGAGUUUGCAAGGGAGAUAUGGGGGGUGCGAGGACAUUGCAGAAGAAGUGGACCACGUUCUUGAAGGCCCGGCUGGUAUGUGCUGCUCCUGAUCGGCAGUUGUACUUCAAUCAACUUCAGGCCCUGCACACCCUGCAAGAAGAUGGUUGGCCCAACACAACCUUCUUUGGGGUCUUUCGAGCCCGAUGGGGAGAUGUGGACCUGUCAGCUGUGUGCCAGUAUCAACUGGAGGACAUCCAGCGAGUGUUUGAGGGGCCCUACAAAGAGUAUCAGCAACAGGCACAAAAGUGGGGCCCUUAUACCGACCCGGUCCCGAGUCCUCGGCCUGGCUCUUGCAUCAACAACUGGCACCGACGUCAUGGCUACACCAGUUCUCUGGAAUUGCCUGAUAACACCCUUAACUUUGCUAAGAAACACCCACUGAUGGAGGGACAGGUGGGACCUCGCUGGGGUCGGCCCCUGCUGGUGAAGAAGGAUACCAAUUUCACUCACCUGGUGGCUGAUCAAGUGAAGGGUCUUGAUGAUGUGACCUAUGAUGUGCUUUUCAUUGGGACAGGGGAUGGAUGGCUCUACAAAGCUGUGAACUUGGGUGCUUGGGUCCAUGUGAUUGAGGAGUUACAGGUGUUUGAUAAGGAACCAGUAGAGAGCCUUGUCUUGUCCUACAACAAGAAGCUGCUCUUUGCUGGUUCCCGGUCACAGCUGGCUCAGCUCCCCCUUGCCGACUGCAGCAAGUACAGGUCCUGUGCCGAUUGUAUCCUUUCUCGUGAUCCCUACUGUGCUUGGAGCACCAACACAAGUCGAUGCAUGCCCCUUCUUGGGCACCUUAAAUCUCUAUUUAUCCAGGAUGUGGUCAACUCAAAUACAGGUCUUUGCAACCUCCGACCCAGCAAGAAAGUCAAAAUUACUCCCAAGAAUAUCACUGUGGUGGCAGGUACAGAUUUAGUGCUCCCAUGUCGCUUGUCCUCCAACCUGGCACAUGCUCGUUGGACUUUUGGAGGCCGAGAACUUCCGGCUGAGCAGCCUGGUUCGCUGCUCUAUGAUGCCCGACUACAGGCCCUGGUGGUGUUGGCAGCCCAGCCCCGCCAUGCUGGUGCCUAUCAUUGUUUCUCUGAGGAGCAGGGGGCACGGCUGGCCGCUGAGGGCUACCUAGUGGCAGUAGUAGCUGGGCCAUCGGUGACACUGGAAACCCGAGCCCCCUUGGAGAAUCUGGGCUUGGUAUGGCUUGCAGUAGUGGCCCUGGGGGCCUUGUGCUUGGUGCUGUUACUGCUGGUGUUGUCACUUCGACGAAGAUUGCGUGAAGAGUUAGAAAAGGGGGCUAAAGCAGCUGAGAGAACCCUGGUGUACCCACUGGAGUUGCCCAAGGAGCCCACCAGCCCCCCCUUUCGGCCUGGGACUGAUACGGAUGAGAAACUCUGGGACCCAGUUGGCUAUUACUACUCUGAUGGCUCACUAAAGAUUGUACCUGGCCAUGCCCGUUGCCAGCCUGGUGGAGGACCCCCUUCUCCACCUCCUGGCAUCCCAGGCCAGCCCUUGCCUUCCCCAACCCGCCUCCACUUAGGGGGUGGACGCAACUCAAAUGCCAAUGGUUACGUGAGGCUUCAGCUAGGUGGGGAUGAUCGUGCCGGACCCAUGCAUCCUUUGCCAGAGUUAGCAGAUGAACUGAGGCGAAAACUGCAGCAGCGCCAGCCAUUGCCUGACUCAAACCCUGAAGAGUCAUCUGUAUGAGAGGAGCCCCCCCACAAUGGGGGGGUGCAGCUCCAACUUUUGCACAGGCACCAGCUACCUCAGGGACAUGGCUGCAGGCACCCGCUCUGCCUGGGACAGACCCUAGUUAGGGAACUUCUCUGACUAGGUUAGCUCCUACCCAGCAUCCUGCUCUGCCAUGGGGACCUGCCCUGCUCACUGUGGGCUCUGCCAUGUGGGUUUGUUCUGUUCUGGGCUUUUGCCUUCUGGUCACCAACCCCACAGAUGGCCUCUUCUUCCUUAAGUAGUGAGGAGGCCAAGGAUGCUGCAGACAGACCUUUGGCCCCAGCAGCCAAAAUCUUUUCAAGACAGAAAUUCCAGGUGUGUGUGUGUGUGUGCAUGUGUAUGGUUGUGGGUGUGCAUAUAUGUGUGGGUGUGCACUGUGCGUGAGCAAAUGAAUGUAUAUGUGUGUGUGUGUGUAUUGUGACUUUCCUGUUUCUGUCUAGUCUUCCCUGGCCUGGGGUCCUCAAAGGGGCUUCUUCCUGGACCUAUAAAGGGGAAGAGGCCUUGGGGUAACGCCACUCUGCCUUCUUUGCCCCUACCUGCCCAGAGGCCUGUGAUGGUGUAUGACCCCUUCUCAAAGGAAGAGGGAAUAGUGGGGCAGAGAUGUACAUAUGGGGGUGGGGGAGGGAGGUAGGGUUGUGCCCCCUUUUGAAAGUAAGUGCUCAGGGGUGGGCCUGAGCCUAUUCUUAGAGCUGUGAAUGUUUUAAGAGUCAGGGGAGGGAGAGUGUUGGGGGGAAUGGGGAGGGGCUUCCUACUUGGCCUUCUGGGGCUCAGUGGUAUUUUAUACUUGUCCUUUUUCCCCCUAAAAGGGUGAGAGAGAGGGUGUGGGGAGGGGGAUGGGGAAGGAGGGGGAUUGUGGCUGAUCAGUCCAACCUCUGCCAGCAGGAGGAAUAGGGGUCCUGACAGUGUAAUUUAUUGUGUCACUGCAUAUUUAUUUGUUGUAAAUAUCUGAGUAUUUUUAUAUUGCAAAAUAAAAGAGAAAAUAAGCCUAA